AUGACAGAUUGGUCGCUGGCUUUGUUUCGCCAGACCUUGCGCACCUACGAGCCUUAUUCGCCCUCCUCCCGCCGAAAUUACCGGAUUUUGCCAAUAUUGAGCUGGUCAUUCGCCGUGGUCGUGCCUGGCGGGAACGUUAACGCGUGCAGGCUGCGAGAAAACACGCCGCGGCCAAUGCCUCGCGCUAUAAAGCCUCCCACUCCACAUUGGCAGACUCCCACUUCAAGGACUUCCAUGUUCGCAAAAGCACUCCUCCUCUUCCUCGCUCCCGCCGCUGUGAUUGCAGUUGACCACGCGGUUGCGGUCGGCGCCAACAACGGGCUCACGUUCACCCCGACUGUCGUCACCGCCGCGGUCGGCGACACGAUCACGUUUACUGUGCUCUCUCGCAACCAUACGAUCACCUCCGCCCCGUUCUCUGGCGCGAUCUGCCCCCCGCCCACGGGCGGCGUCGGGCCGAACGCGUUCGACUCCGGGUUCCUGUCUGACCUGGACGGCUCGCAGCCGACCUUCGUGUACACCGUCAAGGACACCGUGCCGCACUUCGCGUCGUGCCAGCAGGCGGCGGGCGCGCACUGCCGUGCAGGGAUGACGUUCGCGAUCAACCCGAACGCGACACAGACGUUCGCGCAGUUCACGGCGAACGCGGCCAAGUCGUGA